GCCAUGUCUGCGACCUUCCUCAGGGCGACCUCUGCCAUUCGGCCCCUUUCCCAAUCUGCGCGCUUCGGAGCCCGUCGGUUCGCGUCGACCGCACCCGAGACUCCCAAGAAGGCGUCGAAUGCGCCCCUCUACUUCGCCCUGGCCGGUCUGGCUGGCGCCGGCGCCUACUACACGCUCUACCGCGAGGACGCGGCGCCGGUCCCCAAGCAGGAGAAGAGCCCGCUCGACCCGGACAACUUCAUCGACUUCAAGCUGAAGAAGGUCAUCCCCUACAACCACAACACCUCCACCUUCGUCUUCGAGCUCCCGGACAACCAGUCCUCGAUGCUCCCCGUCGCGUCGUGCGUGGUCACAAAGUCGGACACGCUCCUGGACGACAAGGGCAAGCCCGUCAUCCGCCCGUACACCCCGAUCACGCCCUCGGACAAGCAGGGCGAGCUGUCGAUCCUGAUCAAGAAGUACGACACUGGCAAGAUGUCGAAGCACAUCUUUGAGAUGAAGGAGGGCGACAAGCUGGGUAUCAAGGGUCCCAUCAUGAAGAUCCCGUGGCAGAUCAACCAGUUCGAUGAGGUCGCCAUGAUUGCUGGCGGUAGCGGCAUCACCCCCAUGCACCAGAUCCUCGAGUACGCGCUCAAGAACAAGGAGAACAAGACGCGCUUCACGCUCAUUUUCGCCAACGUCACCGAGAAGGAUAUCCUCCUCAAGGAGCAGUUUGACGAGUGGGAGAAGAAGUACCCGAACACCUUCAAGGCCGUCUACACCCUCGACAAGCCGAGCGAGGGUUGGAAGGGCCCGACUGGCUACGUGAACGCGGAGCUCAUCAAGCAACACGUCGCGCCUGCGACUCUUGGCGAGAAGGUCAAGGUGCUUGUGUGCGGCCCGCCUGGUCAGGUCGCUUCGCUUGCUGGCAAGAAGGCCGGCUACGCGCAAGGUGAACUCUCCGGUGUCCUCAAGGAGCUCAACUACACCCCUGAGCAGGUGUUCAAGUUCUAAUCGUACCUA